AGGGGGAGAGCAGGCACUUUCUCUGGACUCUGCAGGCAGAAUGACGGGUCCUGCUCCCCCACCUGCUCUCCUUCUGGUCCUCUUCUUCGUCUGGCCCUCCCUGGGCUCCCCGCUGUAUGUGGUGGUGGCUCCCAACAUCCUGCGUGUGGGCAGUGAGGAGAGUGUGUACCUGGAGGCACAUGGCACCACAGGGCCUGUAAAGGUGACACUCACUGUGAUGGGAUUCCCUGGGGACCAGUUUGCACUCUACAGUCAUGAAGUGACAUUAGACCGCAGCACAUUAUUCCAAGCGCUGCACAAAAUAAAGAUUGAUGAACUUCAUCUACAGAGUAAGCCCAACUCUAACCAGUAUGUGAGCUUAAAAGCGAAGUUUAAAGACUCAGCAAACAAAGACUCUGUACAUAAUGUGGAGACAGUGGUGCUGGUGUCCUUCCAGUCUGUAUUUAUUCACCUGCAGACGGAUAAACCCAUUUAUAACCCCGGGGAACGCGUCAGAUACAGAGUGUUUCUCACAAACACAGCAGGCAGGUCUGCCACCGACGUGGUGACUGUUCAGAUCAAGAACCCACAGGGGAGCAUCGUAGAACGGGACGGAGGUAGAACUACGCAUAAGGGCAUAUUCAGCAACAGUUACAUCCUGCCAGAGGGCGCCAAAUUAGGUUCAUGGACUCUGGAGGCAAAGCUGCAGAACCAUGAAGACAUUCUUGCAUCCUCUGAAUUCGAGGUGAAAAAGCAUGUACUGCCAACAUUUGAAGUGAUUCUAAAACCAAGCAAGAAGUAUUUUCAUGUGGAUGAUGGAGAGUUCAGUGUGGAUAUUCAGGCCAGAUACUUGUUUGGUGUUGAUGUAGAGGGCUCUGCCUACGUUGUGUUUGGACACAUUGACAGUGAGGGUAGAAGAACCAGCUUCCCGGCUUCUCUGCAGAGGGUCGUCCUGCAGUCAGGAACAGCCAAGGCCACCCUGCUGCGAGACCAAAUCCAUGCUGUUAAUAUCUACAACAUUGUGGGCCAUUCCAUAUAUGCAAGAGCUACAGUCUUCACCAUCACAGGCAGCGACAUUGUGUCAGCAGAGCUCACAGACAUCAAAGUGGCCAAGUCUCCCUACAGAAUCGAGUUCACCAAGUCCCCCAGAUACUUCAAGCCCGGCCUGCCAUUCGGUCUGUAUGUGUACCUGUCCCAUACAGAUGGCUCACCAGCAGGGGGCAUCACUCUGAGAGUGGAAGACAUGACUGCGAUCACAGACAGGCACGGAACAGCCAUUCUCCCCGUCAACACGGCAAAGCACGAACACCUGAAGAUCAUGACAGUGAGGACGAGAGACAGCAGCCUGCCUGCCACUCACCAGGCCGAGGCGAAGAUAACCCUCUCAGCCUACGAGACAGAGAGCGUCAAAGAAUAUCUGCAUCUCAGCGCACCCGGCGGGACGGUGGUGUCUCUCAACUCUUUGCUCCAAAUUUCCGUCACCUUCCACAGUGAAGGUGCUCAGCAGAAUCUCCCGACUGACUCCGUCUCCUUCAUGGUGGUGAGCAGGAGUCAGAUCAUCCAGAAGGGGAAGUGGCCGGUGACAGCGGGACAGAAAGUCAUGAAACAGUCCCUGAAGGUCACUCCUGAAAUGCUCCCUUCUUUCCGUCUGGUGGCCUAUUACUCCGUGCCGCAGCGCGGUCAGCAGAUCAUGUCGGACUCGCUGUGGGUUGAUGUGGAGGAUGUCUGCAUGGGCACGCUCCAGCUGUCCAUUCCGAAAAAGAAGAGUGAGUACCAUCCUGCAAAUUUUAUCAGGCUGCAUGUGAAAGGAGAUCCAGGCGCCAUCGUGGGGCUGGUGGCUGUGGACAAAGCUGUGUAUGCAGUGAGCAAUAAGGGCAGGCUCACUCAGUCCAAGAUCUGGGACGCUGUGGAGGACAAGGACAUGGGGUGCACGCGGGGAGGGGGGCGAAACAACAUGGGCAUCUUUACAGACGCAGGACUGCUUUUCCUCUCCAGCUCGGGGACCAAGACCCCGCCCAGACAGACUCACCUCUGCCCCUCCGACAGCCCACACAGAGGACGGCGCGCCCUGGUGCAGUCAGACAGCGAGACCAGCUUUAUGGAGGACAUUUUUGUUCGUCACGUAUUCAGUAGCAGCUUUCUGUGGGUUAUGCAGGAGCUGAGAGGAACCCCAAAGGAUGAUGGCCUUGCCACCUUUGAACAAAUAUAUGCAGUUAAGGAUUCAACCACUCAGUGGCAGAUCUUGGCCGUCAGCUCAUCUCCCACCACAGGCGUGUGUGUGGCUGAACCUGUGGAGGUGACGGUGAAGAAGCGCCUCUUCGUAGACCUGCUCUUGCCUUACUCAGUCGUAAACAAAGAGCAGGUGGAAAUUAAGGUGGUGGUGCACAACUUCUACUCUGCAUCUCCAGAUUCACUCUCGGUAACAGUGGACCUGCUGGAAUCUGAGGGUAUCUGCAGCCUGGCCAGUGAGAAGGGGAAGUACAGACAGGAAGUGGCUGUGGACGCACAGUCCAGCAGGGUGGUGCUUUUCACCAUCGUCCCCCUGCAAGUGGGCAGCCAUGACAUCACAGUAAAAGCCUUCAGCAUGGAGGAGGAGCUCGGAGACGGUGUGAGGAAAACGCUGCUUGUCGUGCCCCAGGGAGUGCAGAAAACCAGGACCAUGCUGAGGACUCUGGACCCCUCCAUCACGGGUGGGAACCAGGAGGAGACCUUCUUUCCACCACCUCUCCCCUUGCAGGUUCCGGGCACGGAGGCAAAAACUUUCAUCACUGUCUUUGGAGACGUGCUGACAGACAGGGUGCAGAACUCUCUCUCGGGCUCGGUUCUGAGUGGACUCCUUCGCAUGCCUGGUGGGAGUGUGGAGCAGAACUUGGCCUCCAUGACAUCCCCUCUUAUUGCCAUUCACUACCUGGACAGUGCCAACGCCUGGGAGAGCGUGGGGGUACAGAGGAGGCAGGAGGCCCUGGCGUACAUACGUGCAGGUUACGUCAACCAACUGCAGUAUCGUAAGAAUGAUGAUUCAUACCCUCCCUAUAACAACGAAAAAUCCAGCACAUGGGUGACAGCGUACACAGCCAAGGUGUUUGCGCUAGUCUUCCUGUAUAUGGAAGUGCAGGAGGAUCACGUGUGCCUCCCCCUGAAAUACCUGGCACAGAGUCGCCAGUCCCCUGAUGGCCAUUUUCGAGAAGAUGCAGCAGUUUCUGACCAAAGCAUGACGGGUGGAGUGAAAGAUGGAGAACAUACUGCUCUCACCGCGUUUGUUCUGAUUGCCAUGGCGGAGGCCAAGGAUAUCUGUCAAAGCAGGGUCCCUGGGCUGGCCAGCAGCAUGCAGCGUGCCUCCCAGUACCUGAGCGGUCGCCUCUCCAGCCUGUCCAGCCCCUACUCAGUGGCCAUUUCCUCCUACGCCCUGGCCCUGCUGGACCAAACGUCGAGCACACUGCUCAGCCAGUUAAAGAGAGUUUCUGCAUCAGAUGGCUCUCACUGGGGUGGGUAUGAUGCAGUCGGUGUUGAGGCUACAGGAUACGCGCUGCUCACUCUGCUGAAGCUGGGACAGCUGGACCAGGCGGCUCCUGUCAGUCGCUGGCUGAUGGAGCAAGUUGAUUUGAGUGGCAACUAUGGUUCCAUACAGUGUACCAUGGUGGUUAUUCAGGCCCUGGCGAAGUACCAGUUACAGCAGCGCUCCCUAGAGGACAGAGGCCUUGAAGUGAAGUUGCUCUUCGGGAAAUGGAAAGCAGUCUGGCUGUUUAGUACAGCCAGCAAUCCUGUGUCUCGAACCGAAAAGUUCACAGGAUCUCGGAAUUUCACUGCAGUGGCAAGGGGCAGAGGGACGGGAAAGAUAGCGGUUGAAACCGUUUACUAUGCAAUCCCGAGCCCUCAGGAGAAGGGAGCCUGUCAGGGCUAUGAUCUGGACCUUGACAUCAAGGAGACCCCUCUCAUCAUGCUCAGAGAGAAACACGGAGAAAGAGUCCCUGAGGGUGUGAACCAGGCCUACACACUGACCAUCUGUCUGAGGCCUCUUCGAGGGACUCCUGACACAAUGACUAAUCUGGAUGUGUCCCUGCCCACGGGUUUCGUUCCUUCUCUGAGCAACCUGGAAGAGCAGAGGCUUCGAGCGGAUGGGCUGGUAGACGCUUACAAUGUGGACAGAGAGCUGUCAAAAAGAGGGUCUCUGAUCAUCCACUUGAAAAGGUUGCCUGAGGGUUCCAAGCACUGCAUCCCUGUGGUACUGUACAGGGAAUUCAAAGUGGGUCUGCUCCAGCCAUCAGCUGUCAGGGCCUACGCCUAUAACAAUGCAGAGAAAUCCUGCACAAAAUUUUACCACCCUGCAGGAAACAGCACUGAGCUGGCUGUUUCAUGCAAAGAGGAAGUUUGCAGAUGCGUUGAAGUGGGCUGUCCAUCCCUCAAGCAGAAAACCCUGGAUCGAAUGGAAGAAGUAUGCAGAGGGAGCAACUAUGUUUACAAAAUGACAGUGGCUGAAGUCCAUACAAGUGCACUGGUGGAUAAAUACAUCAUGGAGAUCAAAUAUGUGGUAAAUCAAGGGCAGGACCCAGUGGUUCAGGGGGAGAAGAGGGAGUUUGUCUCUCACAGCAGCUGCAGGAACUCCUUAGGACUGAAGCAGGGGCAGAACCUGCUGAUCAUUGGCCAGCCCAGAGACCUGCUGCAGGCAGCCGAUGGAGGGUUCUCGUAUUUCCUGUCCUCUGGGACGUGGCUGGAGAGAAUUCCCAGCGAGGCGGAAUGUCAGGGUGCCCAACAGAAGACCUGCACAGACAUUGAGGACUUUGUUUUUAACCUCCAGGUGUUUGGCUGUCCCAUAUGACUCUCCUUCUCUGACAACCCCUUUUCGGCUGCAUAAUACCCCAACUUCUGCCUCCAAAUGACCAAAUGACCCCUUUCCGCCCCCAUGUGUGGACCUACCCCAUAAUACCCCCAUUCUGCCCCUUACCUACUCACGCCAGUGCAGCCUUGACAGGCCUGCCAGCUCUCUGAUAGGAUGAAGACUGAAGAACCAAUCAGAAUUUAGCAUCAACAGCUUGGUGACAGUCAGAGCUGGGAUGCUACUGCACCAGGGGUCCAGAUCAGGGUAUUUACCCAGGAGCAUGUUACCUCUCCCCAUGUGUACUGAGUAACAGCAGACUAGAUUAAUCGAAUGCAGAUCUCUGUGCAGUCUGGGUAAGGCGAUCUCUG